AUGGCCGCCGUCGACCAGGCCUCUAUCGACAUGGUUGUGGAGGUGAUCGGGCACAUUGAUAAAAGCUUGAUUGCAAAUGCGCUGAGAGCCAACCACGGUAAUGUUGAAACUGUCAUCAUCGAGUGGUUUGACGACUCCGACAAGUUCAGGCGCAAGUAUGCCUGGGAUGAAAGCGCCUUUGCCUCUAAUCGCGAGGGCGAUCGACCAGCAGGCUCCGGAGGUCCUUCUUUUGUCAUACAUCCGCCAGAUAAUGAUGUGAUAUACGGGACCGAACCAGGCGGUUAUUAUGCCCCUUCACGCCCCCCAUCGCGGGCGAAUAACAGGUCGCCCAUGAGCCGUGUUGUCGACCUUACAGCCGGCGACUAUACCACAGAUGCCCCAACCAGUCGACAGGAGGAAGAGGACCACUUACAAAGGGCUAUCAACGAGUCCUUACAGACCUCGGGCAUGCCCACUCCGCAUAUGAUGGCAUUCCCUCCCCCUCCAGCCCCUCAUUCCCAGCAGUCUGGCAUCACAUCCAACAAUGACAAUCCCGUCUACUUUGGUCCUGCAAACCGUCCAGACUACGAUCCGGAUGAAUGGGCCAUGGUGCGGGUAAAGACCUACGGGCCCGAUCCGGAUCCCGCAUUGCGUGUCAGAAAACCUGGGGCACCUGUCCUGCUCCGUUGCCGAGAUGAAGGUUGGAACAAGCACCGUCUCGGUGCCAUGCUCAUGGUUUACAACCAAAUACCUGCUGCCCGAAACCUUCUACUCCGCUGUGGCGGCCCUCCUGGGUAUGGUUUGGGGAACAAGAGUGAUUGGUGGAAAGGCGAGACCAUCUUUCCACCCGGCAUGGCCCCCGACUCGAAUGGUUGGGGCGCAGAGCCAUCCCCUAAUUGGGUAGACGAGCUUUUAAGGAUUUUGGCAUUCAUGGAUUCUACUGACAGAAGUUAUGGGACAGCCGACAUGCUGGCGAAGGCGAAGCAUCCUGAUGUGGAUGAGACGGGCGAUGUCGAAAAGGACUUCAUCAAGAGUGUCAUGGUCGCUCACAACGCCCAAGGCACUGGCAAGGAUCUGGAAGUGCUAGUUGCAUCAGCAGAGGUUGUUAGCUUCGAUAAUCUGGUUCCCCAGACGAAUGAAUUCUUCGGCAUCUUGGACCUUCAAUUGGGCUCACCCAUCAACCCGGUGGCCCCCAGGUCCUUAUAUGAAGUGUUCGACUAUAUUUUUAUGGUGAACUUGCGGUACCACAUGGACGACCCAUCCACAGGUCGAAUGGCCUGGAUCCUGAACCCAUCAGAAGUCUUGACACUACGCUUCACAGGUGAUGAGUCUUUCCCCUCACAACUGGAGAUUCCCGACACCUUUUAUCUCGACCGGUAUUUGAAGUACAACGGCACCCAGUUCCAAAGACUGCAGUUGGACAUGAUGACGGUGCUCAAACUGCUCGAUGCGUACUUCCAAGAGGAGGAGUCGCUGGUGCGGUGGAUCAAUCCUAAGACGAACAGGGCCUACGAUCGUAGGGCGAUCCUUAAAGCCGCUGUUCGCCGCUGUCAGGAGAGGAUAACGAAGAUCAAGAACAAAGCGUUUUGGAGGCAGCAUGAGGAGGGGUCCUCCACUAGAAAAGAGGAGUACUACCUCCCAGACCAUUCAGGAGAGCCCCAAUUCACCGAAGAAGAAGCCAAGGUGGUGGCAUACUACAAGAGCAAGAUUACUGAAUUUGAGGUAGAGCUGGCCAAUAUUGAGAGUUCUCUGAACGAACGCGUCGUCCCCCAGAAACAAAAGCUUCAGGCUUUGCUGCGUCGCAUGCAGUCGUCCAUGACCGAACCGGAACCUGACCACAACUGGAACCCUACUCACAAGUACAGUCUUCGCGGAGUAAUCAGCGACCCGAAUACAGUGUUUAUCAGGAUUCGGGAGCCUCUUCAGCCAGAUGACUUGCUUGACGACGAGGCUGCCGCAUUCACUAUGGACCGUUGGUGGAAGGUGUCUUACAAUGCUGAAGAAGGUGUUGAGCACAAUCAAGUCUCGUGGGAAGUUGUCAAACGGGAAGGCUGUGGGAGCAAGCCUGCACCCAUGCUCAUCUACGCCACAGAAAAAGCCCUGGAGCAAGAGCCCCUUCCUUUGCCAGAUGCCCUUAAAACUUUUGUUCGCUUUGACAAUCAUCUCUUUAAGCAGGAACUUGCGCAGUCGAGCCAUUCUAUGGAUAAGAAGCGGAGUGCCAUGCCGGCGCUCAAUUCGCAGUCGAAACGCCUGCAGAGGUCCAAUAGUAUGGACUCGAUGGCUUCUAAUCGUGCAUCGAUGGGGGAUUCGGACAAUGAGAUGCACGAUGCCCCAGUGUUCAAUCGCGGCUCGGUCUUCAGUACCGGUGAUUUCGCCGCCUACCAGCCCCGAUCUUCUUCGAUCAACCUCAUUGACCUUGAAGACGACGAGUCUACAACCCUCGUCCAAGAUCCUUUGAGUCCACAUGCUCUUCCUCACUCCCUGUCAGGAGAUUGUUCCAACCUUCCUCCUCCUCCGCCGUAUGAUAGCAUCAGCGGUGGCGAUGUCGAGAUGCAGGGCAUGGGAUAUGCGUCAUUCCCUCCUCCCCCUGGACAUUCUGCCCCGCCGCCACCGUUCCCCCCUCCGCCGCCGCCGCCACACCCACCAGCGCUUGACCCAGGUUUGGAUGGCCUUGCGCAGGUGUCUUUGGCUAGCAGCCCGCCCAAAGUAUCGACAGCACUGGAUGAGAGCAGCCCCAGGAAAACAGCAGUUGAUAGAAGCGUGGAUGGGGUAACAAAGGAAAGUGAUGCUGUCAAUGGCCGUACUGAUCCUUGUGAUACCGACAAUACGACUGAUGAACAAAAGGCCGAACAUAACCAGACUCCGCCUGUAGCCCCGGAGCAGGUCAGGUUUGAUUCUUAG